AGAAAUUGCCGCUUUUCUCGGCCGCAAAACUUCGAACACUUUCCUGCAGAAUUUUUCUUUCUUUAUCAUAGUUGUAGAAUUUUUGUAAUUUGUUAGGGUACGAAUGAUAAUGAAGGCGAAUAUUGAAUAAGGUGUUUUAGAAGACAUUCAGCAAGUUUUAUCAAGGAAUUGACCCGCGAAAAUCAAAAUUGGAACACACUUGAAGAUGCUUGAAAUUUGAAUAAUCAAUCAGCAGCUCCGGCAAGAAGUGGGAAACAAAUAAGUGAAGAAGAUCUCCGAGACAACGCAUUUUGUUUAUCAGAGGGAAACUGCUUCAUUAUCUACAAACGGGACCUUCUCUUUGUUGUCAAGACAUGGCUGAGUGAUCAGAGGUACCAUUGAACAACUGAUGUACACAUAAAUAUCUGCGUUGCUGAAAGACAGAAGACGCUGGAAGAAAAAAGAGAUUGAAUAUAAUCAAAAUCUGAAGAUUCAGCAAGUCCCUUUAGUGGCCAUUAAACUGUACCAUAUAGAACAAAAAUGUAAUGAUGGAUGUGGAUGGAUUUGGACGGAUGGAUUUUCAAAGCUCAGAAAGCUUACAAAAUUAAACGAUUUAGUUCCUAAUUUUCACUUAUUAUAAAUACAAAAUUUGAGCCUCGAUUCAUGUAUGUUAAUCAGCUGAAUAGAUAUAAGGGGAAAAUUCAGGGCUAACUGACGGAAAAAUUAUAUAGUUUAAAGCGUCUGCAAGAAUCAAACUUUUCUGGCACUUUUUCUUGGGUUGGUUAAGAAAACUGCAAAGAGCUGAAAUGGCACUCCUUAAUGAAGACAGUUUUUCUGCAGGGGAAGAUGAGUGCGAUUUCUGCCCAUCUGCUCUGCCUCUUGUGAAUUUUUCUGGGAUGGUUUUAACCAUUGAUGAUGAGCUGGAUACGAAUGGGACAUGGAACUUCACAGAAUAUGUCCCUUAUGAACAACGUCUGGAAACUUACUUGGUUCCAGCAGUUUUUGCUCUUGUUUUCAUAGUUGGUUUGUUGGGAAAUGGUACUCUGAUAUGCAUUUUUCUUCUACACAAAACCAUGCGAACAGUUCCAAACACUUACAUAAUGAGUUUGGCUGUGGGAGACUUUAUUCUGAUUGUUGGAACGGUUCCUUUUAUCAGUACCAUCUACACGUUUGAAAGCUGGCCCUAUGGUGAAUUCAUUUGUAAGCUUAGUGAAUUCUUAAAAGAUGUUUCCAUGGGUGUCACUGUAUUUACAUUAACCAUGCUUAGUUUUGAUCGGUACAUAGCUAUCGUUCUUCCAAUGAAAAAGCACACAGGAAGAAAUGCUAAAACCAUGACUAUUCUCAUUGCUUUCGGAAUCUGGUUCAUAUCUGUCGUGUUGGCCUCACCAGGGGCUUAUUUUUCCUUUUUGUGGGAAGUAUCAGUUAGUCCAGACAAAGUCAUUUAUGUUUGUUAUCCAUUCCCGAAGAAUAUGAUGCCCUGGUAUCCCCGUACUGUAAUACUCGUUAAAUUUCUCUUGCUCUACGGCGUACCUUUGAUUUUAAUUGGUUCUUUCUAUGUUAUGAUCGCCUGGCACUUGAUUACAAGUUCAAGAAAUAAUGUUGGGCAGAACCCAAGUCAUGUUAAACAGUUGAAAUCUCGCACUAAAGUAGCUAAAAUAGUUUUGGCUUUUGUUGUCAUAUUUGCUGUUUGCUUUUUCCCCUCUCAUAUAUUUUUGAUUUGGUACUAUUUCGAUCCAAAUCCAAACGCGCACUAUAAUGGAUUCUGGCACACUUGGAAAAUCAUGGGCUAUGUUCUCACUUUUGCAAAUAGUUGUUUAAACCCCAUUGCUCUAUACCUAAUCAGCAGUGUUUUUCGCAAUCAUUUUAAACGGUAUCUGUUCUGUUGCUUUUGCAAACCUGUUGAAACACGGAGAGAGACUGUUACUCUCCAUAGCACAACGUUGCGCCAUACCCCUGAAGGGACUGUCAGAAAUGUAUGAAUUUCUUUGUCAUGAUUGUUCGAUGUGUAUUAUAUAGUAGAUAGUAAUAUUAAUGUAAAUGCAUCAUACCUUUAUUCGAUA